CCGUGACCUUAUUAAUAUUCCUUAGCCAAACCUUUGCCAUAGUAACAGAUUCACUGUCAGGAAGGGGGUUGGGAUUAAUAGAAGCUCUGGAAUGUGCUCGUGUGCUCACUCCCGCCGCCCGACAGAUAGAGCAGCGUCGGGGACGCGCAUCGGUGCGACAGGUCUGAAAUGUGUGCGUUGUUCAAUAUGAAAGAGAGACGCAGGAGUUGCGUAGGGAACUUCGAUUCUUUUUAUGAAUCGAUUCGUUUGGAUUGUUCGUUUUAGCCAGCCAAUGAACGAUUCAUCAGUCAGAGAAGUUCACGUAGCUCUCUAAAUAAUAAUUUGGUAAUAUAAAAUCCCAAAAGGUAUAAACUCUCGGCCUUUGGGUUUAAUUGCAUGAUACCCAAUUAAAAUACGUGUCUGUCCCUCACAGUCUCAUGUAUGUUCAAGCUCGUUUUUCUACCUGCUCGAAAAGUGUCAAACGUUGCUUGUUUAUUUCUUCCACUAAAGUAUCACUCUCAUAAAAGUUUUCCCCCUCAGUUAAUGAUUUACGAACGCUUUGUGAAUCGUUUAAACAGAAUCAUUAAACCGACUCGAAUGAACGAUUCAUUCUCGAAUCGGACAGCAGUUCGUUGGAGAACCAUGGCGGUGAAACAGAUGACAUGCUUGGGGAUCUAAAUUACACAGAGCAGAAGAACCGGCGCCCGUGGACAGUGAGAUAUCCGUGGGGAUGAGCGGGGAAUUCGAUACAAUGUAUCAGAGUUACUCCGAAGGGGUCGUGCCAUUGUGCGAUUGAGGAUACAAGGACCACUGACCUAAAAUACAGUUUUAACGUGGAACACUUUGAAAGUCAUUGAGAAUGAUCAAAGCGGAGAGCAAGGGCGAGCGCACCCUGCGGAGCGCGUCCCCGCACAGAAAUGCAUACAAGUCUGACUUCCACGCCAUUAAGUGCUCUUUUGAUGGGACCAAAUCCGAUAGCGAGGACAAGUCUUAUGCUAAUGGAGCCAGCGACCCCCGGGAGGACACCAGAGGGAGGCCGUCGGGCAACCGGGUCAACAAAAUAAAGAACAUUUUCCUGCAAAUGGACGGCCAGCAGCCUCCGGAGAGUCAGGAACUGGCUCACAAAACAGAUACAUCUUCUCCUGUAUCCCCAGUGUCCAAGUUCCCAGUCAGCACUCACAAAACCUGCCUCAGUAGCGCCAACAACCAAGAACCGCAAAACACAGACAGAACCCCAAAGGGAGAGGAAAUCGAGAUCGAUAAAUUCGCCCUGGCAGAAAAAUUUUCAGUUACCAGAAAAAUCUUUGAGCAAGGCAUGAAAGAGCCACCUGCCGCUGUGCCCAGCAGAGUUUCUAUUCGUGGGGCCCGGCGGUCCUUUGGAUCUUCUGAAAAUUGCAGCAAUAGUGUCAUCAAAGGCACCACGUCACCCGGUGCCCCAGAGGAGGCUGAGGACUCCAAACAGGUCAAUAGACUAUCACUUAACGCCGGGCCUAUUUCAAGGCGGCUGGAGAACUUCAUUGUGGAUGGCGACAAAGACGAGUCAGUGCAAGCUUCUGCUAAAAGUCCUGAGAAAGUGAGCAGCCCCUCUGAGCGCUCGCUGCCAUCACCUCUACGAGCGAGUUCCCAGAAACCCACCUCCCAUGGUAUUGAUCCAGCACACAAACCCACAUCCCCAAACUCUGACACGUCACCCAAACCUUUCUCACCUGAAACAGACUCUCCUCACAGCCCUCCGUUCAAGUCCAUCAGUCCCGUGUCAUAUAAACCGACCUCUCCGACCAGCCGGAGCACCGGCGAGCCUCUUUCACCCACUGCCCAAAGCCCAUUUAAACUUUCUCCAUCACCAGGAAAUGACUCGGUGAAGGAACCCAUGAUAAAUGAAACAAAUCAACUUAGUAGUACUCCUGCGAAAGAUCUCAAAGCUUCAGCAAGUAGCCCAUAUAAACGGCCUCUGAGUCCUGAGGAACCAAAAAGUGAAAACCAAAUAAUCUGCAGUCCGUCAAGGGACAUCUCCCGUGAGCGAUGUCUGGACCCUGCUGGUGCAGGAGUGGUGCGGGCCGAGCUGGUAGUGGUCCAGAACGAGUCUUCAGCAAGUGAGGAGAGUGAUGAAGAGUUUUUGGAGGAUGUUAUGACAGAGGUGAAGCUACAAAGGGAACUUAAAUCCGGGGCACAGAUAGAUGUUGCUGACCUUUCGAAAGUGUUAUCACCACAAAACCAUUCAGAAGACAAACAGCCGGAGAAGGAUGCAUUGUUAUCAGCAGAGCUGAAGAAAGAGGAGCCAAAUCAGGAGGAUGAAGAAGAGGAGGAGGAGGAGAUCAUACAAAAGAGGAAUAGCUGUCAUGAAGAUGAUGAUGAGGAGAGCGAGCGGGAAGAUCCAGAUGAAUGCGGGAAAACUUCUCCAGUGUUUUAUAGUUUUGAGAACGCAGCAUUUGUGGAUGAUAAGGAACCGGUUCAGGACCAGCAGGAUGAAGAGGAUGAGGAUGAAACCGAGGUGUUUGAGGAGUAUGAUGAAGUUCCUGGUUUGUCAGAGGAUGAAGAACAGCCUCCGAGAAGGAAAAUCAGAUUCUCCACUGGGCCAAUACGGGUGUACAGCACGUUCUCUAACGAAGAGUACGACCGCAGGAACGAUGAUGUGGAUCCUGUGGCGGCGUCUGCCGAGUACGAGCUGGAGAAACGGGUGGAGAAGAUGGACGUGUUUCCUGUGGAGAUCGAGAAAGGUGAUAAAGGGCUGGGGAUCAGUAUUAUCGGGAUGGGUGUUGGGGCAGACCAGGGUCUGGAGAAACUGGGCAUCUUCGUCAAGACUAUCAUGCAGGACGGCGCUGCAGAGAGAGAUGGGAGGAUCCAGGUGAAUGAUCAGAUUGUGGAGGUGGAUAGCAUCAGUCUGGUUGGUGUGACGCAACUCUUUGCUGCGACCAUCCUCAAGAACACGAAGGGAACUGUCAGGUUUCUGAUUGGCCGAGAGAAGCCAGGUACUCAGAGUGAGGUGGCCCGACUGAUCAGUGAGACCCUCGAGCAGGAACGGCAGCAGCAGGAGGACGACACAUACGAGCAGUCCACUGAAGAGGACGAGCACUACGAGGAUGAGGAGGAAGGGGGGGAGGAUGGCAUCCUCGAUUCGAGUUUCGGCAGGAGGAAUGUGGAAGUGUACGAUUUGCCCGAGAGCGAAGAAAUGUUCUUGCCGUCAAACAUGGAUGACACUCAACUAACGUUCAGAUUUAAAGAGCUCCAGAUAAAACACACUAUUGCAGAAGCCGAAGUAGAUGAACUGAAAGAGAGAUUGAGAGAGUCGUCAGAGGAGCGUGCGGCGUGGGAAGAGAGGGAAGCUCAGUUAGAGAGGAGCGUUCAGGAGAACUCGGAGAGAAUCGCUCAGAUGGAGAAGAACUGGCUGGAGGCUCAGGCUCUCUGUAAGAGCAUCAACGAACAGCUCAACGACACGCAGAGCCAAUAUGAAGCGCUGGAUAUAAAAUACAGCAAAGCCAAGAAACUGCUCAAGGACUAUCAGCAGAAAGAGGCGGAGUAUGAGCAGAGGGAGGAGGAGUUAAGGAGAACUCUGGAAGAGAGAGAGGCGAAAUAUAAAAUAGAGAUAGAGGAUCUGCAGCGCAGGCUGGCGAAGCUUGAGUCUGCUCAUCAUGAGCCUCCACUGUCAGGCAGUAAGUCAGCAGAUUCGAUUCUGCUGGGAGCGGACUGGAGUGAGGUGGUUCCUGAGACGGAGCGUUUGGACACCAGCGCCCAUCGUGCAAAGGCCCAGCUGUCCCAGAGAAACAAACGACAGCCGCCGUCCCGCAGUAAACUCAAAGAGACGCUCAGCUCCCCAACGAGAAGCCCACAGGGUGAUGAUGAGAGUCAGUCUGUGAGUCCCGAGUCUCCUCCGACUCGUAGGAGAUCGUUCCAGGAGAGUUUGUCCCUGCCGGUCGCCAUAUCUUCUCCUGCUAACAACCCGAAAGAUGAAGGUUCUGUUACGAGCAGCAGCCAAUCAGUGCAGAGGGAUCCUCAAGACCCCGCCCUCUCCUCCCAUAAAGACUCCUCCCCCUCCAGCUCCCUACGGAAUGUAAAGAAGAGAGAGUCCAAAGGCAAGGGCAAAGAGGUCAAAGAAGAGUCUAAUGAUGCAGCUGGAAAAGCCAAAAGAAGAUUCCCAGAUUUCGGUGGUUUAAGGAAAUCAGGAGGCAAGGGGAAGAAGCUAAGCAAAGAAGCUAAGAGGGCGUCAAUGGACAGCAGGGGUUCAGCGGAGUUACUGGAUGAGUCAAGGGCCCAAGUCUCCCCUUCAGAGUCCGUGACCUCCAUCCCCACCUGCAUGCCCUUCUCCUGGUUUGGAGAGAAAGACAAAGAGCGCUCAUCCAGCAGUCUCCCACACACCACUGCAGAUGCCAGCAUACACAGCCACAGCUCCAAAAACAAGAGUUUGUCAGUGCUAGAUGAUUCAAACCCCAGCAGUCCAACUUCCGACUUUUCUGGGCUGGUGGCGGAGCCCAACCUGUCGGGCCACUCUCAUACCUUAACCUUCUCCUCCAGCGAGAUGCUGGAUGAUGAGGAGCCUUGCUCUGGAGGGAAGGAGUAUCACUGGCAGAACCGUCCCGUCUCUGAUUGGACGUCCCAGCAGGUGUGUCAUUGGCUGAUGGGUAUGAACAUGGAUCAGUACACACCUGAGUUCAGCACACAGGCCAUCGAUGGACAGCAGCUCCUCAACCUGGACAGUGACAGACUCAAGGCUCUGGGCAUUUCCAGUCAGAGUGACCGAGCCACAAUCAAGAAGAAACUGAAGGAGAUGAAGAAAGCACAAGAGAAGAUGGAGAAACAGCGGGAAAAGCGUGAGAAGGAGGCCAGACGCAGCGGACGUCUGCCAGCCAGCACUGACUCUGUGUGCUGAUGAUCUUCAGAUUCUUCAUCUUUUCACUUUAUUUCUCCACACACUCCAGCUCCUCCCACACGUAUGAUCCGUUCUAGAGGAGUUGCUUUGAAUGAAUUCGGUCAGUAACUCGUUAAUAACAGUCAAGGCGGUCAUCCGGAAACACUAAUGAAGCUGCUUACGAGACCACAUUCACUCUCUUCAGUUCAGUCUGUGCAGCACAAACAUGCACAUGCUCAUCUGAAGGCAGUGAAUUUGCUAAGGAAAGUGUUUACAGACCGUACCUGAUUUUGGGUGUGGGGCCUUCACUGUAAAAAUUACGUAGUAUUUUGUUUUUCUUUCAGUAAAAUCUCUCAAUAGUUCUUGCAUAAGAAGAGAUCAAUUACAUAUUCAGACAGAUUCAGCCAGAUCAGAGAAUGAAAAAAAAAGAAUUGGUUAAAUGUUUAUUUUUGUUGUUGUUGUUUUUGCUACAAGCUUAAAUUCCCAGUGAACAAAUUGCAUUUAAUUCAAGAUACAUCUGAAACAAAUCUUUAUCUAUAUUCUUCUCAAGUAAUUGUGUUUUAAGGACGUUUUUACUGGAAAACAAGACAAAAUACGAAUAUUUUUGCAGUGUUCAGUGUAAUAAGUGAGAAUUCUUUUUUUUUUUUUUUUACUUUUGGACUAGCUUAAAAAAUAAAUAUAGCGGUCCAAUUUAUAGCAGACCAAAACUUUUAUUAGUUUUAAUUGUAUUUUAUAUCGAAUUACUGCAGGGGACAUUAAAUAAAAACAAAUUUGCAAAGGGAUAUAUAAAUAUUUAGAUGCUUAUUUUACAACGUCUAACAAUAGCGAAUAGUGCUUUUAAAAAGAUUUCUUCUUGUAUUUUAGGAGUACUUCUGGCCCGUGGUGCUAAGCGGGUCAUUUUGCUGGAUCCUUGUACAGUUGAGUGAUAUUAAUUGAGCACUAUAUUUUUACUGAAACAAAGGGGAACAUGGUUUAUAAAUGUACAAAUGAGAUAUUUUAUACAUAACUAUUAGCAUAGCUUUAAGGAAGAGACAUUAACAUUUGUACACAUUUUCUACUAAGUAGAAUAGCUUGUUGGUCAGAACCAUUUGGCUAAUUCUGAAAAGCAGAGUGAAACUCGGAAGUGAAAGGUGUUUGUACAUCUCGUUAGUUGUUUUUAUUUGGACGGUUACUGCUUUUAUAUUAUGGAUAUGGUUACAAAAAAUACAUAAUUGUUGCGGAAUGUAGUGUAGUUUUAUUAGUGGCCAUGGCCCAGAUUGUGACAGAGGGUGUAAUGAAUUUAAGUCCUGAUUAUCAUCUGAUUUAAGAGUCGUUUUUGUUUUUAAAGAGACGCCACUUUGUGCUCAUGUCAUUGUGAUUCUGUGUCUGUGGUUAUAUUUUUCUACCUUGUGAAAUGGAUGAUUUUGAACAGACAAAAAUCAAGCUUUCUAUCUGGCACAAAUAAAUGCUUUCACCUCUUGA